GCCACGGUCGACUUUCAAUUCUUCUUCCAAUCUUCCUUCCUCUCUAAUUCUUCACCUGCAACUUGCCUGGCUCUUUUUCUUCAGGUAGUUCUGAAUUUCUGGUUUGUCGCUUGAGAAAUGGUUCUUCAAGCAGGAGCUUUUUCAUGCUUUAGCUCAAUUCCUUCCGGCCGAAUCUCGAGCUCCAAUCGCCAACCCUCCUCUCUAACGACUUCCAAUUUCAUCUCAAUUAGAGGUAGGAAUGGUAGAACGUGUGAGUUCCAUGACUUGCACAAGGAGCUAGUCCCUUAUGCUGAAGCUUGGAAGUGGCAGAAGGACAUUGUUGCAGAGAAAAAAGCUCUGAUUGAAACCAAUCAGGAUUGCCCUGAUACAUUGAUUGUCCUCCAGCACCAUCCUGUCUAUACUUUGGGUAUGGGUAGUUCAUUAGAGCACCUUAAUUUCGACAUGGAUGAUGCUCCAUUUGAUGUUUAUCGAACCGAGAGAGGUGGAGAAGUUACGUAUCAUGGACCUGGACAGUUAGUUAUGUACCCAAUCGUCAAUCUCCGAAACCACAAGAUGGACAUUCACUGGUACCUCAGGGCGCUCGAGGAAGUGAUCAUUCGUGUUCUCUCAUCGGCAUUCUCUAUCGAGGCUUCCCGAGUGGAUGGCUUGACUGGAGUGUGGUUUGGUAUGAUCUUGCUAUGCGAUCAGAAACUGGCUGCUAUCGGGGUGAAGGUUUCUCGGUGGAUAGCAUACCAUGGAGUUGCGUUGAAUGUGACCACAGAUUUGGCUCCUUUCGAAUCGAUAGUGCCUUGUGGGAUUAAGGAUAGAAGGGUUGGCAGCAUCAAGUCAUUGCUGGGUUUAGAUGAUGAUACUCAGCUGAUUGAGACUGCUUAUAAGUCAUUGAUUAAGGAGUUCUCUGAAGUUUUCGAUCUCGGAAUCGACCAAAUAGCUUAUUCGUCCAUUUUGGAUAAAGAUUAGAGCUCUCCUUCAACCUUGGCUUAUAUCAAACAUGAAUACAAAAGUGUAAUGGAACACAUACACCGGCAUUGCUUGACAUUAUUGGUUUCCAGAAAUGUGCUCAUACUUGCAAUUCUUUUACAGACCGGGGAGCUGUUAGAUGCCUUGCUGGACACUCAAAGGCCGCAGCAGUGGCAGCGUUUGCCAGGAUGACGAUGGAGGACUGCAGGAAGCUGUUUAGGGUGGCGACGACGACGAGUUCUGAGUGCUAUUGUCCUUCUUGGGUGGACUUCUCCAAGCCCCAAAAGUUGAAAUGGCUAAACUCUUAUCUGACCAUAGUCUGGCCUUAUAUCAACGAGGCGGCAACUGAGUUGAUAAAGAAGUCUGUUGAACCUACUCUUGAGCUACACAGGCCGGCCAUGGUUCUGUCAUCUCUCAAGUUCUCCAUCUUCACUCUUGGCACAGUUGCCCCUCAGUUCACAGGAAUUUCCAUUCUGGAUUCUGAUAGCAUUGGGAUGACCGUGGAGUUGGAAAUGAACUGGGAUGGAAGCCCUAACAUAGUUCUUGAUUUGAAGACCAGGUUUGCCGGUAUUUCACUGCCUGUACAGGUGAAAGAUAUCGGAUUCACUGGGGUUUUCAGGCUGAUCUUCAAGCCGACGCUUGAGGAGCUUCCUCGCUUGGGGGACAUUCGUUUUUCUCUGCGACAAAAGAAGAAUUUCGACUCUCAGCUUGAAAUUGGAGGCGAUGAGUUCACGUCAAUUCCUGGACUGUUUGGUGCUCUAGAGGAUAUUAUAGGCAAUGCCAUUGUGAACUCAUUUACAUGCCCGGUGCGAACAAUCAAUCUGUGGAAUCCCCUUCCUGGAAUAUCUGAUGCUCUAGAGGUUCGUGACUAUUCAUCCCUUCUCAUAUUUGUUUGGUGAAUAAUUCAACGGUUUCGUGAAUAAUUCGAGUGACUAAACAUGCAGGAUGUCAUAGACAGUGCUAUUGGGAACUCCAUUACUUGGCCGAUACGAAAGAUCGUCCCUGUUCUAUUCAAGUCUCGCAAUCCAUCGAUCCCCCGGCUGCCGAAUCCCCAAAUCCAGCUCUACGUUGCGCUGACAGCAAACAGCUAUAUAAUCCGAACGGCAAACGAUUAUCUACACCGGAAACCUCAGUCCGACGACGGCGAACCCAUCCUCGCACUCGAAGGGAAUGAACCCAAUCCGGCAGCGGUGGGGUUGGCGCAGUGGCAGGAGCAACUCGUCAUGCUGGCAACCCAGACGGCACGCAUUUCGCUGACGAUGCUGGUAGCAGCUUUCCGCAACGGAACCUCCCGCCCGAUCUGGUCAUCUGCUGCUGAGCUCUGUGAUUUGGGUCGUGAUUCCGACAAUGCCACUGUCUAUCUUCGGCGAGCGAGAGCCUUGGCGGAUCGGCUUGCAGCUGUUGGACUCCCUGUCUCGGACGAGAAACUGGUGCGCAGAAUCCUUCGCGGGCUCGGCCCGCGCUAUCGGCCUUUCGUUCGAUCUGUGCUCAGCCGGCCGUUCCCUGUGACGUACGAGGAAUUACAUGGCCUGAUUCUCGAGCUCGACGCGACGAAACUUCCCUCGUCAUGAAAAACUUUUCUACUGGUCAGUCUUUUAAACCAAUGCCUUUACAUAGAAACAUGAAUUUGAAGGGAAAUUGUAAUGGUGCGUGAACUUUGAAACCGACAUUGCUUGACAUUAUUAGUUGCCAGAAAUGAACUCCACAUAUUUACCUCUCAGUCUCUGCCUCUCUAAACUACAAAUGUACAACCUUUGCGGUGGACUGAGGAUCAGAUCCUCUUUAGAAGAUGCUCAGAGUCCGUGGGAGCCGCAACCUCAACCUCUUCCACCUGCUCCUGAAAAGCAAUGGAUGCAAUCCCAGUACAUGUUCCGACAUGAAAUCGUGCCUCGUCAGUAUUCCUACCACCGGUGAUCUCUGCAAGUUUCAAAGACAUGAACUUUAUAGUUAGAAGAAUCACUAGACAAGAUGGGCUUAGUAGUUAGAUAUUAUUAUUAGUUAAUUAUCGGGUCAUUAUUGUUAUUCGUAUUAGUUUAUUGUGUCUUGUUGAGGAAGUUAUUAUUUAAUCGUUGGAAUAGGAUUAGUUUACCUAGUUUGAGAGGGAAAGGGUUGUGAGAGUAGUCCUAUAAAUAUG